AAUCGGGGCGGUGCUUGUCCUUGGGAAUGUCAGCCCAGCGGUGAGACCAGAAGCGGCGAUGGCAGCGGGAACUGCACGUGGGUGCAUCGUGGAACCGCGGCCAGAUCAACUGCGAUUAGCUCUCGUCUCCCGCUCGCCUCGCGAUUGGCUGUUCUUGGUCAUGGCCAUCUCAGCAGGCUCCUGGAUGUGAAGUACUUGCUUGGCACUUUGGUGAUGAGCUGCUGUCUGCGUUGCCAGUGGUGGACAAAAGAGAGCCCGGUGCCCUGGUAGAAUUCAGCUUAGCCGUUCUGCCCAUGAUGGGUGCUUCUACGUUAUGAACAAGAGAUAGUAGCAGCACAGCUGGACUCUCCAACAAUUUCCAGCAGCCAGUACUUUUCCGAAAGGUGUCUGCAGUUGUACCAUAUCAACAAUGAAGUUUACUGUGGCAGACUAUGCUAUUUUUGUGCUGCUGCUAGUCUUCUCGGCAGGGAUAGGACUGUACUAUGCACUGACUGGUGGGAAGCAGCGCACUGUCCAAGAAUUUCUGCUGGCCAACCGUAGCAUGACCUUCUUACCUGUGGCUUUUUCAUUGCUUGCCACUUUCCAGUCAGCUGUGGCCAUUCUCGGCGUCCCCUCUGAAAUCUAUCGCUUUGGGACCGAGUACUGGUUCCUUGGUUGCUCCUAUUUCCUGGGGCUUCUCAUCCCAGCUCACGUCUUCAUUCCAAUCUUCUAUCGCCUGCGACUUACCAGUACAUAUGAGUACUUGGAGCUACGUUUCAACAAGGUGGUGAGACUAUGUGGAACAAUCACCUUCAUCUUCCAGAUGGUGAUAUACAUGGGAGUGGUCCUCUAUGCCCCAGCCCUGGCUCUCAAUGCAGUGACCAAAUUUGACAUCUGGGCUUCAGUGCUGACCAUAGGCUUAGUCUGUACCCUGUAUACAGCCCUGGGUGGCCUCAAAGCUGUGAUCUGGACAGAUGUGUUCCAGACAUUUGUCAUGUUUGCGGGACAGGUGGCUGUGAUUGUAGUGGGCGCUGUCAAGGUUGGCGGCAUGGGUCGUGUCUGGGAGCUGGCUGCUGAGAAGGGCAAGAUAUCAGGCAUUGAUCUGAAUCCUGACCCUUAUGAACGAUACACCUUUUGGACUCUGGCUUUUGGGGGCGUAUUCAUGAUGUUGGCUCUCUAUGGGGUAAACCAGGCUCAAGUCCAACGGUAUCUGAGUGCCCGUUCAGAGCGCCAGGCCGUGCUGUCCUGCUAUGCAGUGUUCCCCUGCCAGCAAAUUGUACUCUGUCUCAGCUGCCUCACUGGCUUAGUCAUGCUUGCCUACUACCAACAGCAUGAAUUGACACAGGAGCAGCUCAAAGCUUCACCUGAUCAGAUGGUCCUCUACUUUGUGAUGGAUGUGCUUCAAGAAGUGCCUGGCUUGCCUGGUCUCUUUGUAGCUUGCCUCUUCAGCGGCUCCCUGAGCACCAUCUCCUCAGCCUUCAAUUCACUGGCAACAGUGACCAUGGAAGACCUCAUUCGCCCUUAUGCGGCCAACAUUCCUGAGAGACGUGCCACGCUCUACUCCAAAUUGUUAGCACUGGGCUAUGGUCUUCUCUGCCUGGGCAUGGCUUACAUCUCCUCCAUGAUGGGUCCGGUGCUGCAGGCUGCCAUCAGCAUCUUUGGCAUGGUGGGAGGACCACUGCUGGGACUAUUCUGCCUGGGCAUGUUCUUUCCUUGUGCCAACUCUGUGGGUGCUGUAGUUGGAUUAAUUGCUGGGCUGGCCAUGGCAUUUUGGGUGGGCAUUGGGAGCAUGGUUAUCAACUACCAGUCUGUGUCUCCUGGACCCACUAUUUUAGCAACUGAUGGGAAUCUGACUACUGCUGUCAUGACAACAUUGUUGACCUCAUCAACAGCUCCAGAAAGGCAGUGUUUCAACUCUUGGAGGCUCACAGGGUUGCGGAAGUUUUACAAUUUGUCAUACAUGUGGUACAGCGCACACAACUCUACCACUGUCAUUGUGGUGGGGCUGCUAGUCAGUCUUCUCACUGGCCCAACACGUGGGAAGGAUGUAAAUCCACAAACUAUUUUCCCAGUGCUGCCGCGACUACUUUGCUGUUUGCCUGCAAAGUACCAUAAAAUGCUCCGCUGUGGAGUUCGUGACCCUGCAGAGGAUGCAAACUGCUCAGAGCCAGCCUCUUUGGAAGUGGAGAAAAUCAACAAUGGUGUGGCAAAUGGAUUGCCAAAAGGCCUGCCCUCCAGGAUCAAUACAGAGGAAGUUAAAGCGUCUGAAGGAUUUCCCCGGGCAAGUGGAACUCAUGCUUUUGUCUUGCAGGAGACUACCCUGUGAACUGUAUAGAACAAAGAGACUGGUAGAAAGGUACAGCAGGGACCUGCAGUUCCUGAAUUCCUGGUACUAAAAACAUUCCCAACUCCUUCUUGUCAUCUUGGCGUAUCAACUACUGAAUCCUGGAUACUCUCAUGCAAUCUCUGAUGGCAGCCAGGCUAGUCAGACUACCCCUUUCUGACAAUGUCCUCUCCUGUUUGUGGAAUGUUUUUUCCAGGCUUUUUCUCCUGUUCUUUCCACCUCAUUGUGCAUGUGCCAAUUUCUCUGAGAGAUAGCUAGGUACUUCCCAUAUCGGAUACCUCACACCCAAUGAGCCAUGGGGGGGGGGUGUUUCAUGGCUUAUUGUCCCUACUGUUGUCCUUAAAGUUUAGAUCUCUUUUCUUCCACCCAUAUUUAUACCUUUGACAGGUGUACUCACCAAAAAAACCCACUUGAUCUUACAAUAGGAUCAAGUGUUGUUGAUGUCCCAGAGAGCCUACUGCAAGGAUGCACUGUUAUGCCCCAGUCGCAUCCCUCUCCCUUGAAAGAUCUUGCAGCAUCAAGCUACCAAAGGAAGGGCUGGAUCUAGCCAACACAUAGGCUUUCCAUAAGUCCAACCAGGAGGGACAGAGGAAAGCCACAUGGACCUGUUCCUAAGUCUAGCAGCUGCGGGAUUACUUUGGGAGUAUAGACAUUCAUACGUUUCUGGUGUCUCUUUUCACAAGGGAAUGUGACUCCUGUUCUCCUUAAUGGCUUUGCCUGAGAGCCAGUUUGUUUCUGUACUCUGUAUUUUAUGUCUGUGAGAAAUUGUCUAUUUUCCUAAUGCUUGUUCCUUGUCUUUCUGAUACUCAGCAAUUAUUUUUGCUGUUAGUAAAAAUGGUUAUUGUUCAUGUUUGUUGCUUCA